AUGGCAAGCAAGCAAAAGAAGCCUUCGAUUCAGCCGAGAGCAACUAAAGCCUAUAUACUGCGCUUACAAAAGCAGCAAGAAGCAGCAUCAGGUCUAGUAACAGCCAGUCAGCCAGAGGAACAGCCAGUCGUACCAGAAGCAACUCGACCUGCCACCAAAUCUCGCGUCGCAAAAGAUACAGUGGGGCCAACCGCUGGGGUGAAAGCAUUCAUGGCACAGCAGAGAGCUCGUAUGGCUCAACCCAGUAGUCAAAAGCAAACAGUAGAAAAAGAGCCUCUCCGAAAAACGAACAAUGUCAUGACGGGUGCUCAACGUUACGGAGGAGGCAGCAGCACCAAAGGUGAAUCAACGGUUGUAGAAACGAGAAGAAUACAAACUGUUCUCAAGCAAGCAAAAGCUUCUGGAAAACUGGAUAUAUCAAGCCGAGGAUUAACAAGUAUCCCACAAGAAGUCUUAAACAUGUACCAUGUGGAUCCAAAUUCCAUCGUUGUCGAUUUCACCUCUGCAGGAGACGCUUGGUAUGAUUCUGUGGAAUUGACCAAGUUUAUAGCUGGAAAUAAUGCGAUUACAAAGAUUGACGCUAGACUGGCAGAUGAAUUUGGCGCAUUAAAGCUACUAGAUUUCCGUGACAACAAGUUAUCUGGACUCCCUGAAUCCUUGUGUCAAUUGAAAAACUUGACAUCCAUCAUGAUGCCUUACAACGAUUUUAAAGAGAUACCUUCCGUUUUAUACCAACUGCCUCAACUCAAAGAACUGAAUUUAUCACACAAUCAAAUCAAGGGCGAUGUAUCUAUGCAACAUGCCACUAUUGAACAACUGGAUCUCAGCUACAACCACAUUGAGUCUUUUGAUCUUCAGUAUGGCGCAUCGUCUAUCGUUAAACUGAAUUUAAACAACAAUCAAAUAGAGCAACUGCCACCUGUUUUGCAAUGGCCAAAGCUAAAAGAGCUGCUGGUAAAUCAGAAUAAGCUGAGAACGUUAUUCCCAGUGACCAACGAGGAGAUAUCUUUUCCUUCUCUUGUGCGCCUAGAUGCUGGAAACAACUUGAUAGCCAUGUUUGACAAUGACGUAUUUAUGCCCAAAUUGGUUGAACUCUCGUUAAUGACCAACAAAUUACAAGAUGAUGGAUUGAAGGGCUUACCGGGCGCUCCCAACAUCCAAACUCUUGAUAUUUCCUCGAAUCAACUGCAAAAUAUCCCCAUCUUGGUGGCAAACCUAAGUCAAUUGCAACGAUUAGAUGUCAGGGGAAAUCAACUUCAUGCAUUACCUUACGAACUCGGCAAAUUGGAAUACUUGAAAACAAUUCAUCAUGAAGGAAACCCCAUGAGAUCAUUUGCAUCGAUGAGUCAGACGCAAUUGAUUGAGUCUUUAAAAAGCAAUUAUCGCCAACAACAAGAAGAUGGCCAGGAGCAAGAGCAGAGUAAAGCGUCUGAUGUCAAUCUGGAUGAUGUUGUUGCCGAUCAAGAUGGCGACACGACGAAUUUAAGCAGUAAUUUCACACAGAAAGUCAGCUUGACUAAACGACUCGAUCUAUCCAACAAUCAACUUACAGAAUUAAGUGCUGAAUUACUAACAUUCACAGAUGAUAUCCCAGGAACCAUCAUAUUACAUCACAACAUGUUCACUGUCUUUCCUAGCAAUUUAAAUACGAUAGCCAGCUUCAUUGUCAGCCUUAAUCUUGAACACAAUCGUCUGGCAAGCUUCACUCUAACCAUGGCUGGUGUUGAGUUUACUCAUCUCAAGGUAUUGAGCUUAUCCAACAACCGACUGAAAGCAAUUGAAUGCACUGAAGGACUACCAUCGUCUUUUCCGAGAUUAGAGGAAUUCAAGCUGGAUAACAACUCACUCACAGCACUGCCUGAGAAUCUGCCAACAGCACUGCCACUUUUGAAGCUUCUCAGUGUCAAUUCAAACAAAUUGGAUAACAUUACAGAAGCACCGUUUGGGCAGAGUUUGGAGAUUCUGAUUCUGAGUAACAAUGAUAUUGGAUAUCUUCCACCUGGACUAUCCACAUUGAAGAAUCUCAAGGAAUUGAUUGUCUUUGGAAAUAGGUUCAGAGUCCCUCGUCCUGCGGUUGUGGAGCAAGGCACGCAUGCAAUUUUGGAGUUUCUUAAGCGUCGUCAUAACGCUGUUUGA